AUGAACGGAGAGAAAGAAUCUCGUGGUUCUCGGUCGAAUGAGACACCCGAUGCCGAAAAGAACGAAGAAAGCAACCAAGUGCCGCAACCUCCGGUGCCCCCUGGGCCUCAAGAGUUUCUUGGACCCUGGGAAGCCAGCAUCACUGGCGUCAAACCAUACGAAGAAAUGUCACGAGCUGUUGCCGAUUUCCUCUUCAUCCACGUUAUUAACGCCCAGGAUGCACAGGAAAUAACCAGCCGAGGUAUCGAGUUUGAGAUCGAGGCAAAGCUGGGGACGCUGAUUGACAAGGAUACAAACCAUCGCGUAGAGAAAUCAAUUGAUUCAGAGUGUGUUUUACGUGACACCGGGCGGGUGGCAUUCAAGAGCAGCAUGACCGAGGCGCACCACAAAUCAUUCAAUGAUUUCCUCAACAAUAUCGUCAUUCAAACAGACCCCCGCGCAGCACAAGGCAAAAACCGUGUGCAGAUCCCGACUGGGUACGCGCAAAAAUGUGAAAGCGAGAGUCACUGCCCCAUGGACUGCCGCAUCAGCAUUAAUCUAGAGAUGAACUGGGAAGGCCCUGUGGACGAGCUGGAACAGCACGCUGCAGCACCGGUGUACGGCAUUACCGACCGCCGCAAGGACCGAUUGAGCUACAAGCAAGGCAAUUAUCAGGUUGAUCUCACCCAGGUCACCAUGCCCGGUGGGCAGGGCUCACAACGCGGCGACAAGGAGCACGAGCUGGAGAUUGAAGUCUCUGGUACUGCCGUCAUUGAGCAGGGCCGUCGGGCCAUGACUGGAGAACCGCACGGCUACCAGGAGCUGGUUGAGGGCUUUUUGGACAAUGUCCGCGUCCUUGCCCGCAAAGGAAGAGACUUUCAGCAAUAA